AUGUAUUUAGCCAGGAACAUUAGCAGGUACAGAGCGGACUGGACACGAAACUUUGAAUACACGCCUUUUCCCCAGAGGACCAGCUUCGUGCGAAUCAGCGGCCACCAAAAUAGCAGAAUCGUUAGGCGUUGGUGGUGGAUUGAACCUUUAAUUCAUUCCUCUCAAGGCGGGAUGGAACCGCAGCCCUUUUUCGUGGGAAUCCUGCUUACACUGAAACCAGAUGCCAUAAGGAGUGAAAGAGAGGAGGAGCUGGAUGACAUUCUUUUUAAGGGAAUACCUGGAGAUAGGCCAAGCCGAUUAGACGGAAUUAGUGGUUUAGGUCUUACCCUGGGAUUCGACUUGCCUUUUUUUCUUUUAGAACGGGUAGGGAACCUGAAGUCUGGCGGAAAAUCCGAAUCAUAG